GGGAAAGCCUGAGGCAGCGGGUGUGCUUGGCUGAGUCCGGUAACGGGCACAAUGAUGAGCAACGGGGGGAAAUGGCGAUGUGACGACCAGUCCUGAGAGGAAAACCUGGACAGUGUGAGAGAGAGGCGGGAGCAGCGCGACUAGAGAGGAGGGAUAUAUCAUAAUAUUGCCGCUGUCGGUUGUCCCCAGUCAACCUCAGGUACCAGAGCACAGACGGGAUGGAGGAUAAGAGGAAAAAGAGAAGCCCCAAGGUGUGCGUGACCCAGACGCUUCCACCUGCCCCCCUGCGUAAAGUUCCUGCACCCCCCUGUAAAAGUGCCACCUUCAGCCUUGGGCUCCCACAUCCCCCUUCACCUAAACAGAGGGGCAAAAUGAAGAGGGCCAUUAAGGAACGUACUAGACCAUCUGCAUCAUGUGAGGCAGGAAGCCCAGGGCCCAGUCUGCAGCAUUCCUUUCUUACAGACGUAUCCCAUGUGUGUGAGAUGGAGGGAGGUCUACUCAGUCUUCUUAAUGAUUUCCAUUCUGGGAAACUUCAGGCAUUUGGCCAGGUUUGCUCCUUUGAGCAGCUGGAACGGGUACGUGAGAUGCAGGAGCAGCUGGCUCGGCUCCACUUCAGUUUGGAUGUUUGCGCAGAGGAUUUGAGGGAGGAGACCCACGCAGAACAAAACUUAGAGCAGUUGCUGAGCAAUCUGGAAGAACUGAGUAACUCUAUACAAAAAUUGCACCUGGCAGAAAACCAGGAGACAACCUCCACCCCCAGUGAUGAAGUGACAGAAAGCCUGCAGUAAAGUGCAGCAUGGAGUGAGCGAGAAGAAGAACUUUGACCAGAGCUCCACUAAAUGGGAUAUAGAACAAAUAUUAUAUCUUGUUUUUAGAACGGGCCAAACAACUAGUGGCCUCAAAAGAUCUUUCUAAAGAGAGUACUAAGAUGUUCUGUUUAUAAGGUUAAAAGAAACAUGUUUCUAUUGUGUGUGGGACAGUGUAGUGUUAAGCUAGGCAUUUACAGAAAAUACUAAGUACUAGCAAAGAGCAAGUAUGGUUUUUGCAAGAUGGAGUACAGAUAUUUCUUUAGAUUUAUAAUUUAGUAGCAAUAAUGCUUUUUGAAAAAUACAGGUCACAGGGAAAGCAGACAGAAGAGUAGCUUGUCUCCAGUAUAUGGCCAUGGCCUCUCAAUAUGCAGUCUUCCUGUAAAGUUUUCCCAAUUUUUAAUAAAACUUUUAGAAUCUA